UUAAUUUUUCUUAUUUACCCACUUUUGUUAGCUUAAACUUCUCAAAUUUCCUUUACCCAAUUCCCAUAAAAUGUUAGAUUAUGGCUAAAAUUUAGCCCAGUCUUCUCAACUUUUUGAUGAUUGGGCACAUACUAGGUAACUAAGAAGGGGUGUAUGUGAAGGCUAUUAAAUUUUGGCAGUUGGUUUCGAAGGUCAUGCAACUGAAGGAAUACCAAGAAACUGAAUUAUCAUGCAACCAGAAUACCAAGCCAGUAGUCAAAGGCAAGAAGUUGAAAGUAUUGGACAUAGUGGAACCACUCUCUUGGAGAAAGAACACUCUCCAAUUGAUGCCUCAAGCCUGUACUCUAUGUCACCUAUAUGUCCAGCACCUCUUUGCCGCCAGUUUUGGAAAGCUGGAAACUAUGACUCCGGGCUUAUUUACAAGUCGUCCUCUAAAAAUGGGACUAGUUUCCUGCGUGUUCACCCAAAGUUCCUUCACUCAAAUGCCACUUCACAUAAAUGGGCAUUUGGCGCCAUAGCUGAAUUGCUUGACAACGCUGUUGAUGAGAUACAAAAUGGGGCCACCUACGCCAUUAUAGAUAAAAUGUUAAAUCCGAAGGAUGGAACUUCAGCUUUGUUAAUUCAAGAUGAUGGAGGUGGAAUGGACCAAGAAGCCAUGCGAUGCUGUCUGAGUUUUGGAUUUUCAGAUAAGAAGUCCAAAUCAGCCAUUGGACAGUAUGGAAACGGUUUUAAGACAAGUUCGAUGAGACUUGGGGCUGACGUUGUUGUCUUCAGCCGCUGUAUGAAGAACAGGAAAUUGACGCAAAGUGUCGGUCUUCUCUCUUUUACAUUUUUGACACAAGCAGGCCUUGACAGAAUAGUGGUUCCUAUGAUUGAAUAUGAGUUCAUGCCAGCAACUAGCAAAUGGACUUCAAUCUGCAGUGAACAGCAUUUUGUGAACAAUCUUUCAUUGUUGUUGCAGUGGUCUCCAUUUUCAACAGAGGAAGAGCUUCUUAAGCAAUUUAAUAGCAUUGGUGAUCAUGGCACGAAGAUCAUAAUCUACAAUUUGUGGCUAAAUGAUGAAGGUGAAAUGGAGCUCGAUUUUCACUCAGAUCCUGAGGAUAUUCGUAUCUCUUGUGAUGCAGAAAGUGGUAAAAGUUGCUCCCGCAUGUCGGUAAGUGACCUGCAUCUUGCCAACACUCUACGAUAUUCACUCCGAGCAUAUUUAUCUAUCUUGUACUUGCGAAUCCCAGAAAACUUUUGCAUAUGGCUAUGCGGGCAGAUUGUAGAGUAUCAUAACAUUGCUAAUGAUCUCAAGUAUCGAGAAUUUAUCUUGUACAAACCUCAGAAUGGUGGAUGCGCAGAGGGUUCCGUCAUUACUUCCAUUGGUUUCCUAAAGGAAGCUCCACUGGUGAAUAUUCAUGGUUUCAAUGUCUACCACAAGAAUCGUUUGAUACUGCCAUUUUGGCAUGUGGUAGUAGGCGUUUCUGUCAAUAGAAGCAGAGGGGUUGUAGGUGUUCUAGAAGCAAAUUUUAUUAAGCCAACUCAUAAUAAACAGGACUUUGAGAAAACUCCCCUCUUUCACAAGCUUGAGAACCGAUUGAAGGAGAUGACAUGGGAGUACUGGGACCAUCACUGUGGACUAAUUGGUUAUCAUGCAACGAAACAGCUUCGUGCGCCUUCUCAGGAUUCACCUCAAUCUAGAAAGAAACAUGCAACCGAAAAAAGGAAAAACGUUGAUCAUCAAAUAGAACCUGAAAUUUUGAAACAAAAGGCGGGAUUAAGUGUAAAUCUAUCUGAUCCUGAGUCUAGUCAAAAUCAGCCUGCGACCACUAUGACAAGCCACUUGGAAGAUCAAGAGAUGGUCCUCCUCGUUAAAGAGAAUGAAAGGCUCCAUGCAAGAUGCUUGGAAAAUGAGAAGAAGGAAGAGGAAUUUAAUGCCAAGGUAACUUUGCUAAGGAAGGAACUAAAAGAAGAACAGCGCAAAUACGCCCGCUUACUAGUUAAAUCAGCAGUGCUGGAGAACUCCAAGAGGGAAAAUACCGUUAUAAUUCUAUAGAUGAGCUUGCUAUAGUGCUUCUAAUAUUCUUUUGUAAAUUUGUAUUUAUGGUUAAAAAAAUCCCAUGAUAUGUGCUUGUUAGAAUAGGGAGCUAAUGCUUCUCUUGUUACCCCUUUACAACUUUAGCUGGGGAAAGCUAUUUCUAUUUUGUCAGAAUGGCGUUAGGGAUGAUGUUGUCUUGGUGCAAUAGUAAAGUUGUAGCUAUGUGAUCGGAAGAUCAUGGUUCAAACUCGAGAAAAUGACCAAAAUGGUUCUUAAUGUAUGAGUAAUUUUUUAUUUUGGUCCUUAAUAUAUUUCACUUGACUGAAA